AUGAAGACCACCUAUCUAACUACGCUAACCGCGACGUUCAACCCGUUCCUGGCGACCGCCAAAAUCCCACGACUGAUCCUCUCGUCUCUCCCCGCCAGCGCACACCGAACGGUCAAGGUCGUAUCGAAACAACUACCGCGGAAUUCCACCGAACCAUCCACGCUCGAGAUGCAUUUCAAGGACGGCAAGACGCUGAAAUAUAGCUGGGCGCUCGAGACGCCCGAGAGCAAAGCCGCUGCGCUGGCGGCUAAUAAAAAAGUUGAGAAGGUUCAACUUAGAGACAUCGUGUGGGAGGUCGAUCGGCACGCCAGGGUCUUGUCGCGGCAGGAGGAUUUAAAGGGCUGA